GUUCUCCCCGUUUUGGCCUCCGGAGGCCGCUAUAUAUAGCCCCUCCACCCCGACCCAUUGCUCCACACACACACACGCCUCACACUCUCUCAUCAGAUCAGCCACAGAGUCACACAAGCACUAGCUUCAGCUAGCCAGCCUCAGCCACUCCGGGCAUUUUCUUGCAUCCACGACGGCAAUGGCCACCGCUGAUGUCCAGAACCCGACGGCCGCGCUGACGGAGGAGGCGCCCGCGGUGGAGACGCCGGUGGCCGCCGAGGAGGCCCCGAAGACGGAGGAGGUCCCCGCGCCGGCGGAGGCCGAGGUCGAGGCGUCUGCCCCCGUCGAGGUUGAGGCGACCAAGGAGGAGGCGCCGGGCGCCGCUGAGACGGAGGAGGCCAAGGAGACCGAGCCAGCAGCUGCGGCCGAGCCGGAGGCCGAGGCGCCCAAAGAGCCAGAGGCGCCAGCCGUGGUCGAGACAGAGACCAAGGAGGCCGUGGCAGAGGCCGAGCCGGCGGUGGUCGAGGAGGUGAAGGAGGAGGCCGCGCCUGCUGCCGAGCCAGAAGCACCGGCCGUCGCCGAGGAAGCACCGGCUGCAGCGGAGGAGGCCCCCGCGGCCGUGGCAGAGGAGCCGGCCGCCGCGGUGGCCAGCGUCAGCGUGUGAGGCGCGCACAGAGACAGAGGAGGGGCUGGCUGGGUCAGCGUCCACGGCGGCGGCCGUGUGCUCCUACGUGGCACGGCCAGUCAGCCAGUGGAGUGGAGUUCUACUUUUUACUAGGUGUGGAGUGGGAGUGCUAUGCGCGGGGUCGCGUGACGCGGGCUAAAUAAAAGUGUUGUCGGGGCCAGUCGACGCCCAGUGUCGGUCAGCGGCAGCGAGCGAGCGAGCGACGCAGUGCGGUGCCACUCUCGCCGGCCCCCGUGGCUGGCUGCGUCUGCUUAGCUGCAGCUUUGUAGUGGUGUGUGUCACAGUGUCAGUUCCACCUAUGAUCGAUCGGUAUCCUAUCCGGUUUGUGUUA